AUGGGUCCCCCCAGAGACCCCGCAUCGGGGGAAAAGGUGGAUCUAGAGGAAGAGGAGGAUGACUACAUGUCCAUGGUCAUCGAGGAGCCCCAGCAGAAGGAAACUUUUGCGCAGAAGAAACGCCGACAGCAGCGAGAGGCCGAGGCCCGCGCGCGAGUCCCCUCGAAAGCCGAACGAGCCGCCCAGGAAGCUGAGCGUCGCGAUGCCGCCCUGACCACUAGCACCCUAGAUCCGUCCAACAAAGGAUUCCAGAUGAUGGCGAAGCUAGGAUUCAAACCGGGACAGGCACUGGGCAAAGACACGACGGAUAAGAACAAGGCUGGGGACGACGCUAACGACGCCCACGCGAGUCAGUCUCGAUCCGAGCCGCUCAAUCUGGUUCUGAAGGAAGGCCGGGGAGGCAUUGGCUUGGACAGCGAAAAGAAGCGCAAAUUCCGCGAGGAAGCCGAGGAAGCCGUCAAAAAGAUCAAACAGGACGAAGGCGACUAUCGCGAUCGCGUACGUCUGGAACGGGAGACGCGACGCACCGAAGCCCAAGUGCACGCCGCCCAGAAAGUUGCCGAGCGACUGGAUACCGAGGCUGAGGUCGAUGGGGCAACUUCCACCACUACGAACAAUGAAAGCUCGCGCGAUCCGCAAGAUCCUAUCACGGACGAGGGUCCAUCAGAGAACAUGGGAGAGAAAACGGGCGCCGGCCGCCCCAAAACGAAGGUGAAGCCCACCUCUCAAAUCAAUAUCCUAUAUCGCGGCCUAGUGCGGGAGCGAGAGGAACGCGAACGGUCCCUACAAGCGCGACACCUACUCCAGUCAUCUCUUCCAUCCUCAUUCUUCCCGAAUACUCGAUUGCCGAGUUACGACGAUCCCACCCUUGAAAGAGAGGACAAACAGGCCCUGGCGGUGAAUCCAGAAUCGUCGUCUAUCCUGGAGCAAGAGUUAGAAGAGGAGGAUUCCGCGUUGGAUGAAUUCAACGCACUUGAUCCUGGCGAGCGGCUGGCCCGUUUGGUUCGGUAUCUACGGCAGGAGCAUCGCUACUGUUUCUGGUGCAAAUGCAGCUACGAAACUGACGAGAUGGAGGGAUGUCCCGGAAUCACCGAGGAAGAUCACGAUUGAUGACUUGAAUCACCAUGUACAUUACAGCACCGGGCUAGGAAAUCUUGAAAUAUUGU